GUUGAUGACUGGCUUGAGAGUUACAAGAAAGACAGGGAAUCUGGGUUUCUGGAGCUGUUCAACUUCAUUGUCCACUCCUGUGGUUGCAAAGGUAUAGUGACCCUGGAGAUGCUGAGAGGCCUUCAGAACUCGGAGAUCAUCCAACAACUGACAGAAUCAUUUGAUGAGGGCUCAGCAGAGUACCCACUGUUGUUGAACACCCCAGUCUGGCGGCGGUUUCGGCAGGGGUUCUGUGAGCUGUUGGGAGUUCUUGUGCACCAAACACAACAUGCUGUUCUCUAUGAUGAGUAUUUGAUGGGUAGCCUUGUCGCCCUGCUUACUGGCAUGUCUGACUCCCAGGUGCGUGCUUUCCGCCACACGAGCACCUUGGCAGCCAUGAAACUAAUGACAGGUUUGGUGCGUGUAGCUCUGAGUGUCAGCCUGCAGAAGGACCACAGUCAGCGGCAGUAUGAGGCUGAGCAGGCCAAGGGAUCGAGCUGCCGGGCUCUGGGGAAGCUGGAAGGGCUGCUGGAACAACGCAGAGAGCUCCAGGAGAAACAGGAAGAGCUUGAGAAUUUGAUGAACGCUAUCUUCAAGGGGGUCUUCAUUCACCGCUAUCGGGACCUUAUGCCUGAAAUUCGUGCCAUUUGCAUUGAAGAGAUGGGCCAGUGGAUAGAGCAUUACAGCAACUCCUUCCUGACUGACAGCUAUCUCAAGUACAUUGGCUGGACGCUACAUGACAAGCAGGGGGAGGUCCGGCUCAAGUGCCUUCUUGCUCUGCAAGGACUGUAUCACAGCCAGGAGAGGGCUGCUCGCAUGGAGCUCUUCACCAGUCGCUUCAAGGAGCGAAUGGUGUCCAUGGUCCUGGACAAGGAGCCCCAAGUGGCAGUGGAAGCUGUCAGGCUGCUCACCCUCAUCUUUCAGAAUAUGGAUGAUGUGCUCACAGACUCGGAUUGUGCAAGCGUCUUUCCACUUGUGUAUGCUUCUAACCGUCCCCUUGCAGCAGCCGCUGGCGAAUUCUUGUAUAACAAGUUGUUGGCUCCCACCAUGUGUGCCAGGGGGACGGCAGGGAAGCAGCGCACCCGAGCCGGCUUCCAGCUGCUGCUGGCCUUUUUCAUUGAGAGUGAGUUCCAUGACCAUGCCAGCUACCUGGUGGACAGCCUGUGGGACUGUGCGGCUGCCUUGCUGAAGGACUGGCAGCUGCUGACUGGGCUUCUGCUGGAGGAUCCUCCUGCGGAAGGCCUCGGAGACCGAGAGGAGAACAGCCUCAUCAUGUUCUUGGCAGCCAGUGUGCGGCAGGCCACAGAGGGGCAGCCACCUGUCGGCCGGAUCUCUGGAAAGAAGGUGCUUUCUGCUCGGGAGCGCAAGGUGCAAGUGGAGGAUCGCCUCAGACUCACUCAGCACCUCAUUCCCCUGCUGCCCCUGCUGCUGGCUAAGUUCUCAGCUGAUGCCGAAAAAGUGGUUUAUCUGCUGGAGGUCCCACGCUACUUUGACCUGACUCUUUACAGCAGCGGCCGUCUAGAAAAGCAUUUAGAGCUGCUGCUGGCCCAGCUGUGGGAGGUGAUGGAAAAGCACACAGACUGCGAAGUACUGGAGGCUACUUCCAGGACUCUGCACAUGCUCUGCUCUCCAGAACUGGCUUUCUACAGCCGUGCAGAUUUUGCCCGCAGUCGUCUGGUGGACCAUCUGGCGGAUAAAUUCCAGCAUGAGGAGACUGAACUGUUCCAGUCCCCCGGCUCUCUGGAGAAUGAAGAUGUGUACUGUGUGGCUACCACUCUCAAACGCAUUGCCAUCCUGCACAGUGCUCAUGACCUGACCCCGUGGAAUUUCUUUGAUCCCUGCAUCCGACUCCUGCGCCACACGGUGGACACAGGAGAGAUCCCCAAGCAGGUGGUCAUCUCUGCCAUAUCCUGUUCAUACUUCUCACUCUAUUGGGAGCUGUCCCAUCUCUGUGCCGCCACCGCAGCCUCUGACCCCCUUCCCAGACAGGAGCAGCUGCUCAGCCUGAAGCAAAAAGUGGCUUCCUUCUGCUCCCUCUGUCAGAACUAUCUUGUGGAUGUGGACCCCGGUGUUCAGGAGCAGGCCUUUGUGGUGCUGACUGACCUGCUCGUGAUUUUCGGCCCUCAACUGCCGUAUGGGGGCCACCGCCUGCUCCAGGAGCUGGUGUACGAGCCAGAUGUUGCUUUGCAGUCGCAGCUGGCUGGCUUCCUUGUGGACCACGUCUUCAACCACGACCAGGUCGAAGGCAGCCAGGAUGAGAUGCUCCAGAUUGAGGAACUGCACCAGCGCCGCAAGCUGCUGGCCGGAUUCUGCAAGCUCAUUAUCUACGGAGUCCUGGAGCUGAGUGCUGCCUCAGACAUCUUCAAGCAUUACUCCAAGGCCUACAAUGACUAUGGGGACAUCAUCAAGGCGACACUGAAUGAGACCCGCCAGAUUGACCGGACCGAAUGGGCUCACACGCUGCUCCUCACUCUGCAGCAGUUGCUGACUCAGCUGCUUCUGGAACAGGGACCUGUAGGCGUCCACUCUGCCGCCUUCCUGGAGAUCCGGGAUUUGGCACGGCGCUUCUCUCUGCUCUUCGGGCUGCACCAGCUGCAGAACCGCUCCGCCCUUGUCACUCUGCAUAAGGAUGGGAUAAAGUUUGCCUUCCAGGAGCCGGUGGCCUCUGACUCCAGGCUGGACCUUGUCCACCUGCCCUUCUUGGAGCUGCUGAGCGAGUUUUCUCCACGGCUGGUGCCUCCCGACAAAGCCUUGCUGCUGUCCUAUCUCAAGAAGAUCAGCCAGGCGCACCUGUCCUUCCGACGUGGAGAGGAGCGCCUCUGGGCCUCGCUCCUGGUCUAUCAGCGCUCCCUGAGCCCCCAGGAGGAGGCAGCCCCCUCACCAGAUGUACCUGCUCAGCAGAAGCCUGGACCACCUGCCAAGAGGCGGCACCUGGAUGAGUCCCUUGGGCAUAGCGAUGCCAGUUUCUCCUCCACUUCUGGAAGCCGCCUACAGAGCCCCUUGCUGACAUCCACCACCUUGCGGAAAAAAGGCCACUUGGCUGCCCAGCUGCUGGGCCAGGAGGACUCUGGCUCUGAGUCGGAAUUUGUGCAGAGCCAACCACCGCAGGGGCCACAGCAGGGCCACAAAGCCUCUCGCAGCCAGCCACAGCCCAAGAACCGUGGCAGCCUAGGCUGGCAGCUGGGGCGGCUGACCCUGAUGGAAGUGGGAGAGGCGAUGGUGGAAGAGCCAGAGACCAGUGAGGAGGAGGAGGUCGCCUUUGACAAGGAUUCCUGAGGUGGGCUCUCCCCCUCGCAGUUUCUCAGGGGGCUCUAUGCUGCGCUGCCCCUCCUGGGGUUGGAGGCUUCAGUUGCUUGUUGACAGUGCUGUUUGUCUAAUCGACGAUCUGGUUUUGGUG